UUCUUCACUAAAUGGGAGGCGGAAGAGGAUGGACAGGGGAGGGAUUUGACGAGCUGCGGAGAAGCCAGAGACAGAAAAGGAGGAGAUAAAGGAAGUGUGGAAGACAGAGUGAUAAUAAGAGAGCGAGAAAAGGGAGUGCCAUAGCAGAAAUCAUCUCAGUUUCAUUUCUGUUCAUCAGUUUAGGAGUGUUGCAGCCAUGCCUGUACCAGCUAUGGAUUCGUUUAAGACUGUCCUAAAGUUCCUCACCAAUCAGAAGACCACUAUUGGCUACAGCUUCAUGGCUAUUUUGACAAUAGGUAGUGAACGAAUUUUCUCCAUGGUGUCUUUCCAGUGUCCGUGCAACCGUAAACAGAAUUUUGCCUAUGGAUUAACGUUUCUGCUCGGCCCUGCUGUUGUCUUGCUGGCGAUUGGUCUCUUUGUUAGUACACGUCUUUGGCGGUUAUAUACAGGGUGUUGUCUCAACCCUCUCAAACUCUGCCCCAGGGGUAAUUUUGUGGGAUGCUUGCAAGUGUUUGUAAAAGUGCUGUCUGGAGCCUGCAUUGCCCCUGUCAUGUGGCUUAGUGUAGCUCUGUUAAAUGGAACUUUUUAUGAGUGUGCUGUUAGUGGCCUGGAUGAAAAUGUGGUGGUGCAAAUUUUCUGCAAAAACAAGACACGUACAUGCCAGAACGAGCUGCCCCGAGUGCCCUGCAGCAAGUCCCAGCUGCCUCCAAAUGAAAACAUGGAACUGCUGUUGAUGCUGCGCGCCCAAUCACAGAUCCUCGGCUGGUCCAUCAUUAUCAUAUCGGCAACAGUAGCACUAAUUGGGACUUGCUUCAAGAACUGUCGCUCUCAAGUAAGCUACCUUCAGUUAACUUUCCAGAAGAUCUACAUGGAGAAGGAAAAGGAAAAAUUUGAGUUGUUUGCAGAAGACUAUGCUACCAAACUGGCAGAGAGAAACCUCAAGAGUUUCUUUGACAACAAAAGUCCCGAACCAUUUCCCUUUCCAAAUCACAAGGCCUGGGAGGAGAUCUCUACUAUAUACACUUUUAAGCAAAGCGAACAGUACUACAGCACACUGCAGAGAUACGUGGAGCGCACUGAUCGGGACUACAGCCCCGAGAAGCGACCUGUUCUGGAGGGGGAAGAUGGCAUAGAGAUGGCAUAGAACUGCAUGGACUGGUAACUUAAAAGAGAAAAAUUUUAAGUUGACCUGGAAUUUUAAUAUGACCUGGAAGACAAAAAACCACUGUGAAUCAAGACAGAAUUACAUUUUUGUUUGGUAGCUAUAACCUGUAUUGACAGUUUUUGGAAAUUUUGUUUUGCCCAUUGAGGAAGUGGUCAUAGUACAAUUCAAACUUUGUACAGUUUUAUACUUUUAUAUUAGUGAACCAACAUAGAUCUCAGGCCCUAGAGGUGUUGACAGAUUUGAGUGGCACUUUCAGUAACAACAUCCAAUUUGCAUACUACUUGAAUGUUGAAUUUCAGGUUUUACAAAGUCAAAAAAGACAAAAAAAAAACUUAUUCUCAGGGCAUUUGUCAUUUAGCCCUUGUGCACUCUUUGAAUCAAUAGCUCGCUUAUGCCUCUCUACAUUUUAAAAUCUUCUUCACCAUAUCCUUAUAAAACACAGUGUGUUUGAUACACUUUUAUGCAUGAUACCCUCAAAAGACUUUUGUAUAGUAUCGAUAAGUAACUAUCCAGCACAAUAUUGAUUAAAAUCUACAAUAAGGUCACAUUGUACUUAUGCCAACCAACAAAAUAUAGAACAUGUAAACCACAUUUCUUAUUUCCUCUGCAGGUUUUAAGCAGAAGAUCUGACAAACAGGAAACCACAUUCAGUGUCCCCAACACUAAUUUCUUCAGUAGUUUAGACCCACAGAUCAGCUCUGAAAAGGGCCCCUGUGAUCAAAAUGAGUUUCUCUUAGCACAAAAAAAAAAAAGCAUAAACAGGACCAAUUACUAUAGAAUGUCAAAUAUAUUACACAUAGUAAGGUUGUGGUUUCAGGCAUGUUUGUGGUAUGCAUUUCCUGCACUGUUGUGAAAGAGAAGUACAUAUAGGUUAGCAGUCAGUGAAAAAAAAUAACAACAACUAUAUUAAACUGUGUUAUUCAAUGUAAAGUUAGAGUUGAGUGUGCAAAAAUAUUGCUUGGAAGUAACAAAAUGUAGCAUAAUAACUAAAGACAUUAAAAUUGAGUCCAAGCCACAGAGCAUUGCCCAGUGUGUACAAUAUGAGAUAUAGCGGCUGACCCGAGUUUGAGUCCUGGCUCAAGGUCUUUCCUUUAAAGGCAAAGGCAAAGGCAA